UCGCGAGUCAACAUCCUCCUCUCCCUUUCCCCCUCCACACACCGUCUUGGGGAUCUCGACAGAGCCGUUAUUGCUGAAGACGCAGUUCCACUUCUCAUAGCGCCAGGUUCAUUCCUUACUUCUUGCGAUCGCAACCCACAGAUCCUGUCCUUGGGCUGCUGUCAGGCACACACCUAGAUCGCCACGAUAAAACUUUCUACGCGUCUCCCUCUUCUCGCACAUCGAUGACAUGACAACUGCUUCAUCGCUCGCAUUUACCACCAUGGAGAUCUCUGUGGCUGAUGAUCAGAUGGAGAUGGCUUCUCCUUAUCAAGGGCAUGCGGAUGAUUUCGAUAUUGAUAUCGACAUCAUGGAAGACCAGGCCUCCACCACCGACAAAGAUAUGAUAGGCGCAGACGAAUAUCUAGACUAUGACCACGACGGGACCCACGAUGCCGAUAUGAUCGAUGAUGUUGCGGAACCCACCAUGCAGGAUGCCGAUGACGCUUAUGCCGAAGCAGAUUACACUGUCGAAAUGCAGGACGGAAAUGAACGGAUCUAUGAGGCAGAAAUGCUAGAAGACGAAUACGAUGAGGACAUUGAUGCUCCCGUAGCUGAAGCCCAAGAAGUGGCGCCAGCGUCUGAGGAAGUUCAGAACCCAGAGGCAGAGGGAACACGCCCCUCGGAGGAGAUUACUAUCACCGCAGAAGAUAAAGACGAACCCGACAGAGAACUUCAUCCCGACCAGGAAGCCGAACCUCUCGCGCAUGAUGAUCGCCCUUUUUCGCAUGACACUGAGCAGCAUGUUGAUCUGUCGGAAAAGAAUGUUCCUCAGGAGUAUGAAGUAGACACAGCCGGAUCGCCGGAGAACGGGAAGCCUUUUGGUGACUCUAACAAAGCGAAGCGAGAAGUUCCACACACCACAGAAACCGACGUGAAGAAUGAUAAUAAUGAAUCUUCUAAGCAGGCGCAAUCCCAAGCAAGCAGUUUUGGCGACGCCCAACCGCUAGCUGAUGAGCGCAACGACUCUGCUGCACAGACACAGGAUAAACUGGAAGAGGAAGACGAGGGGGAAUAUCAUGUGGGAGAUGUUGGAGAUGCAGAAGACGGAGGAGUCCGUGAAGAUGAACAAGAAGAGGGCGAAGGGCAAGUGGUGACAGGAGUCAGCGAAAACCAGGUUUCUUCUUCAGAGGAACAAGCUGUCGAGCAUCAGCACGAACAACAAGAGCUUCCAGCAACCGAACGUACGCCUCUGCAUCCGGUCAAGGUUUAUUAUCAAGACAACGAGAUAUCACUGUUUCCCCCCAGAGAAGGCGACUCUUCAGAGACGUUCUUCCUGGAGGAUGAAAGCCUUGCUUUUGGGUCUUUUGGCAGACUGUUCGAAUCUUGUCGCGAAGUGCUACGGGAUCAUAUCAGUGAUAGUGAUGUCUUGAUUGUAGACGUCGAAGCUUUGAAUGUCCAGCUAACAGAGGACUCACUGCACACCGAUAAGGUUACACUGCACCAGAUCGUUGACCUGUACCUGCGCCUUUCACACAAUGACGGAAUCGAAGAGCCGGAAGCACUCUAUCUCACCCUUAGCACACGACCGACAAUCUUCGCGGAGAUUUCUAACCUUCUCGUAGAUGCGAAGGAAGGGAAAGGGUUGUCGGAAAUAUACUGGGACGGUUAUGCUGAAGCAGAAGCCACAUCUGCUGAUAUUCCUGGGGAGAGUCAUGAGGAGUUUAAUCCGGACUAUCUCCAGCAGGACUCCUCUGAACCCGAGGAUGAUUACAGUGACUCAGAAAAAGAUCAUGAGCCGGAGGCUGAAUCUCAGCUUCAUGAUGGUGUCACCGGUGAACAGCAAGACGAGCAAGACCAUGAGGGUCAUGGCCAUUUAGCUUCAGGCAAUGACGAAGUGGUUGUUCCCUCUUCGGGCAAUGUCCCGGAAGGAACUAAUGCUGAGGACGGCCAUCUCCACGAAUCUAAUUCGGCUGAGACCGAGGCCAUCAAAGUUGGCGACCACCAGCUGCCGACUGAGGAGCUGUAUGACUCAGAGGAGCAAUCAGAAUCGACUGCCACAGUGACUCAGCUGCCUCAACCCGACUUGUUGGACGAGCAGCAGCUUGCUAAUGAGACUGCCGCUGUUCUUGAUGACCCAGAUUAUCAUGAGUAUCACGGUACGGAAGGUGCUGGUGAUGAAACCUAUCCAGAAGAGACUAAUGUAGAUGCUACUGAACACUUCGGCCCUCAUGAAGAUGCUGAAGCAGUAGAGACUGGUGAAAAUACUGGAGAGACAGUUGGAGAGUUCUAUGGCGACGUGACGGAGUCGAACGCGGAAGAAUCCCGCGAAGAUGCCCUCGAGGAUAUCAACAACACGACUCAUUUCAAGGAUGAUGCAGGCGACGCUGACUUCCAUGACCAUGAGGAUGUUGAUGGGGAAGUUCCACCGAGUGGCCGAGGCGAAGAGGCUCCAUACGACAAUACUGAACCAGUGCCUGAUAGCGUCUCCGAAGACGUUCCAGACAUCACCGAAUCUACCCAGAACCUGGAGGAUGACUCACUAGGUAUUGUGGAAGAUCUGCUAAAGAGUCCUAGCAAAGACAUCAAGCACAUCGGUGAUGAGACCAAUGCGGAUGAACUCGAGCCGGGAGAGCUCCAUGAUGAACCCGAACAUGUCCCAGCUACCCACGACGAAGUUGAGGAGUUGGCGUUUGAUGACGAAGAGUAUUUGGACUUGGGAGUACAGGAAGGAUUGGCUGCAGAUGACGAAGCAAAUCUUGCCAAGUCACCAAGCCGCGCUCCUACGAAACGGUAUCGCGAACCAGAGGACGACUUUGAGUUGACCGAAAUCCCUACCCCGGACGCAAAACGUUCUCGGUCAUCGUGAUUUUCAUCCUACCCACCAUCUACCUUUUUUCCCACACCUUCAAGAGAUUCCUCCGUCAUCCACCAUUCCAUGGGCUUCAUGAAGG